GAUGAAUUUGCUCUGCGAAACAUGGAUUGUGGCGACAUGAGUUUAAUAUUGCGAUUUUAUCUUUGUAGUAUUGAUUAUUUAUGAGCAUGAUGGGUGUCAAUAAUCGCGCGGUUGUCGUCUGUGUGUGUUUAAUCAUAUUGACAGCCAAUUCAGCGCCGUUUGCUCGGGCAGAUGAUCAGAUAUACAGUAAAGCCGAGGGUGAAGCUGUCAAUAAUAAUAAUAACAACGCCGACAGUGAUGCACAAGCUCAAAAUCCUGCUGAUGGACACGCUGAACAGCUGACCAGGUUAAAUGAGACUGACACCUCCAGCAAUGACACUGCUCAAACCACCACACCUGCGCCCAAGCCUGCGACGCCCGAGCCUCCUAAAAAUGAGCCCAUCCUGCCUGUCCAGACAGGGGUCAAGGCCCAGGAAGAGGAGCAGUCCAGCGGGAUGACCAUUUUCUUUAGCCUGCUGGUCAUCGGUAUUUGUAUUAUACUGGUCCACCUGCUGAUCAAGUUCAAGCUGCACUUUUUGCCUGAGAGUGUGGCGGUGGUGUCACUGGGGAUUCUGAUGGGAGCGUUUAUCAAGAUCAUUGAAUCUCAACAGCUGGCCAACUGGAAGGAGGAGGAGAUGUUUCGUCCUAAUAUGUUCUUCCUGUUACUUCUUCCACCAAUCAUUUUUGAGUCUGGAUACUCAUUGCAUAAGGGUAAUUUUUUCCAAAACAUAGGCUCCAUCACGUUAUUCGCCGUGUUUGGAACAGCGAUUUCAGCUUUCAUCGUGGGAGGGGGAAUCUACUUCCUAGGCCAGGCCGAUGUUAUCUACAAGAUGACGAUGACAGACAGUUUUGCGUUCGGCUCUCUGAUCUCCGCUGUAGAUCCCGUGGCCACCAUCGCCAUCUUUAACGCUCUGAAUGUGGAUCCUGUACUCAACAUGCUGGUGUUUGGGGAGAGCAUCCUAAACGACGCUGUCUCCAUCGUAUUAACAAAUACAGCGGAGGGCUUCGGGGGCUCGGACGUCUCUACAGGAUGGGAAACUUUCAUGCAGGCGCUGGGAUACUUCCUGAAGAUGUUCUUCGGGUCGGCUGCAUUAGGCACCCUCACCGGCCUCAUCUCUGCCAUUUCCCUAAAACACUUCGACCUGAGGAAGACCCCGUCUCUGGAGUUUGGGAUGAUGAUUAUUUUUGCAUACCUGCCCUAUGGUCUUGCUGAGGGCAUCAAACUCUCCGGUAUCAUGGCCAUCCUGUUCUCGGGUAUUGUGAUGUCCCAUUACACUCAUCAUAACUUGUCUCCGGUCACCCAGAUCCUCAUGCAGCAGACUCUGCGCACCGUAGCCUUCAUGUGUGAAACCUGCGUGUUUGCCUUCCUGGGGCUGUCUAUCUUCAGUUUCCCUCACAAGUUCGAGCUGUCCUUUGUCAUCUGGUGUAUAGUUCUGGUUCUUGUUGGUCGAGCUGUGAAUAUCUUUCCGCUCUCCUUUCUGCUCAACUUCUUCAGAGACCAUAAAAUCACCCCCAAGAUGAUGUUCAUCAUGUGGUUCAGUGGUCUGCGUGGUGCGAUCCCUUACGCCCUCAGUCUCCAUCUGGGUCUGGAGCCCAUCGAGAAGCGGCAGCUGAUCGGCACCACCACCAUCGUCAUUGUCCUCUUCACCAUCCUGCUGAUGGGGGGCGGCACCAUGCCACUCAUCCGCAUAAUGGACAUUGAGGAGAGCCAAUCACGGCGCAAGAGCAAAAAAGACAUCAACUUGAGCAAAACUGAGAAAAUGGGUAACGCCAUUGAAUCUGAGCAUUUGUCUGAGCUGACCGAGGAAGAGUAUGAAGCUCAGAUUUACCAGAGGCAGGAUCUGAAGGGCUUCCUGUGGCUUGAUGCCAAGUACCUGAACCCCUUCUUCACCCGCAGACUCACACAAGAGGACCUGCUGCAUGGACGGAUCCAGAUGAAGACGCUCACUAAUAAAUGGUAUGAGGAGGUCCGUCAGGGUCCGUCCGGCUCUGAGGAUGAAGAGGAUGAGGCAGAACUGCUCUGAGACUGGACUCAAUCUGCCAUUCUCGUAACACAUGGCACCAAGAAUACACACUGUGCCAGGCUGUGAUGGGCGCUACGCUUCCACACACAACUCCACGGAUUGCUUCACGGCCUAAUGAGGAAAUGAGCAGCCAUGGUGGGAAUCCUAGGAUUUUUGAGGCAUAAUAGAACCAGCAAUACUGGACACAUUGUUGGAGAGUAAGUUGAAGCACUGUACGGUUAUGUGAUCGUAGUUUCUGGUUCUUUUUUCUGGGGGUUUUGUUGCACAUACAGGGAAAUGACACCAAUGAAUGUUUGAGUGUGGGAUUAAUUUAACUACAUAACCUAUUCUUUCUGUUUAUGAGGUAUUUAUUUGUUGUGCCAUCUUUAUAAAUGGGAGUAAAGGAAUCUUUUAUAAUGUACUUGACACUGUUUUUGUAGCAGUUUAUAUAUGAAGCUGAGACUGGAGGAAUGUUUCUGUGCCUCAUAAACUGAGCACAAAGCCGAGGACUGAAAGUGAUGUAAAAAUGUGAAUAAAAUGCUCAUUCUAAUAA